UUGACCCUCUUAACAACCAAUCAAAUGCAACCUCAUUUUUUAGCUGUUGUCUGCUCUUUUGCUCAAAGCUUUCCAUCCGGACCUUUGAGACGAUGCAUCUGUAUAUGAUUCUCUGUGGAUUAUGUAAGUGUUCAGUAUUUGAUUUUAAUUAAGACUAAAACUUGAAUGGCAGCUCAUGUUUCUAUAACAUUAUACCUUUUUGACCCAGUUCAUCUGUCAGCAGUGACCCAGUCGUCGGCACUCACACAGGACACUGGGGUUCUGUCUGCCAGUGUUGGGGACAAUGUGACUUUACACUGCUUCUAUGACAGCCAAGUGGCAAUGCACUUCUCCUGGUACCAACAAACUUUGGGAAAAGGACCUCAGCGCCUGUCUACUAUUUACAAGUAUGAUAAAUCAUCCAAAGACUUCCACUGGUCGGAGAAGAACCCUCGUUUCUCUGUCGAGAGGAAGGAAGGGACAAACCAUUUACACAUCUCCAACAUCCAGUUUUCAGAUUCAGCUUCCUACUUCUGUGGAAGCUCACACUCCAACAUGAUUGAAUUUGGAGAAGGGGUCUUUCUAAGUGUCAAAGAAGCCAACCUCAAGGAAAUUGUCCGGGGACCAUCAUCUGAGACCGUCCAGCCAGGCGACUCUGUGACCUUCAACUGCACAGUACGAACUGGAACCUGUGAUGGAGAGCGCAGAGUUUACUGGUUCAGACACGGAUCUCGCCAAGGAAUCCUUCACACCCAUGUGGAUCAGUCUAAACAUGUCUCCACAGCACAGUCUAUAUCACAGAGCUGUGUCUAUCAUUUUCAGAAAACGAACCUGAGCUCCUCUGAUGCUGGAACUUACUACUGUGCUGUGGCCUCCUGUGGUGAGAUUCUGUUUGGAAGUGGAAGCAAGCUGCUCAUCAAAGACGAUGUUGACCCAAUGACACAGAUAAGAAUCUUAGUCUGGCUGUCCAUCAUUAGAACUGGGGUCCUCCUGCUCUUUCUAACUUUGUGUCUCUUGGCUUAUAUCAGUAAGUCCUUGAUGAAGUCCUGUUGAAGUCCUUAAUGUAGAGAAUACAGACUUUAGCUAUCUUAGUUCAAAACAUUCAGUUAAAAUGUAUCAUGAGAAAUUAUCACAAAUUACACAAAAUGAAUACCAAAAGUAGAUACACAUAAUUUUUUGUUUGACUGUGUUAAAAUUUUAAAUAAAAGUAACUUUGACGAAGCUCUUUAAUCGUUUGC